CGAGCCAUGGCCCGCCAGCUGAUCGGCCCCGCGCUGCCGCCCGGCUUCCCGCGCCGCGCCGAGGCCGAGCCGGGCGAGGACUUCAGCCAGGUUGCAGGACCAGCACUGCCUCCAGACUACAAAAGCAGCUGUAGCUCAGAAACUCCUGACAGUGAUGAUGACUCAGAAUCUCUUCCUCUACCCAGAGACACAAACAGAGACUCUGAAGAGGAGACAGAAGAUCCAGCACCCAAAAAGCCAAAAAGAACUCAUGAAGACGAUGAUGAUGAUGGCUUUUUUGGGCCAGCUCUUCCUCCUGGAUUUAAAAAACAGGAUGAUUCUCCAGAGAGGCCCAUUAUAGGUCCUGCAUUACCACCUGGCUUUAGGAAAGCUUCAGAGGACACCAGAAGUAGCAGAUGUUUCAUAGGACCGUCUGUUCCAUCAGAAUCCCGUCCCCAGCUGACAGAUAGCAGCGAGGAUGAAGACAAUUUAAUAGGCCCAAUGCCUGCAAAAGGACCAGUGGAGUCUGAUGUGGCUAAAGAGUUUGAACGCAGAGCUCAGAGAAUGAAAGAAAAGCUUACUGCAGCAGACAGCGAUGAACCCAAACAAGUUACCAGAGAAUCAUGGAUGACAGAGCUUCCACCUGAGCUGAAAAGCUUUGGAUUUGGCCCAAGAACAUUCAAGAGACGAGCUGAUGACAAAUCAGGUGAUAGAUCUAUUUGGACAGAUACUCCAGCUGACAGAGAGAGAAAAGCCAAGGAAAGAGAAGAGGCAAAAAAGUCAAGCAGUAAGGAUAAUGAAGAAAUGGUAUUAUCUGGGAGGGACAAGAGGCUUAUUGAGCAGGUGUCUUCAUACAAUGAGUCAAAGAGGUCAGAGUCUCUCAUGGACAUCCACCAGAAAAAGCUGAAGAGCAAAGCAUCUGAAGAGAAGAGCAAACCUCAGGAAAGAAGGCCAUUUGACCGAGAGCAGGAUCUCAAAGUCAAUCGCUUUGAUGAAGCACAAAAGAAAGCUCUUAUAAGAAAAUCCAGAGAUCUGAAUAGUAAAUUUGAGCACAGUAAAGGCAACAUGUUUUUAUAAGAUGUGAAAGCAUUUAGCUUUUUUGAAGUGAAGUCCAUUAAAAUUUGAAUACUUAAUUUUUAUAAGUAUUUUUCUGUAAAUAUUUGUAUCCAAAAUAAAUAUCCUAAUGUUUAACUAUUUUUCCUUGUCUGUAAAUACUCUCUUAGGGAGGAUCAUCUGUACUGAAACUAAACUAGCAAAGGGAAGUCCUGGUAUAAAAAAAUAUAAAUUUGCUGCUUUAAAGCUCUGAUAUGUAUGUUUUUUUGUUGUUCACAUAAAAAUGAUUAAUUAAAAUAGGUAGAUUUUAAGGAGCUCUAGGUUUAAUCUUGCAAUGGAGUUGGCAGUUUUGCUUUUUUCCUGCCACGCUUAAGAUCCUCUUUCUGAGCCUGAGGUGAAGGCCAUGGAAAAAUCCCUUUUACAUUUGUCUUCAGAACAUUGCUUGACUGGAGUUUCUGCUGGGGAGUAUAAACUCAAAUGGCAGCUUUUACAUUUGCCCAGUGCUUUUAUUUCUCUAAUUCUGUGUCUGUACAUAUAUACAGGUUUAUAUGUAUGCAGUACAGUUUCU